GCCCAAACUGAGCUUCGUGCAGUUAGAUUUGGUUGGUUUCUCAAACGCCUCCAUACUAACAAAAGAGAAGCAAACGAGAUGGAAAUAACCAAGAUCAUAAUGAAAUGUGCUGUUGUCAUUGAACGUAUCGAUUUCUGAAAACGGAUGGACAAUGUUAUAAUGAAAAUCCUGAUAUGACGCGAGCUGGGUGCAGACUAACACUGAGCUAGUCAGAUGAACGCGGCUUCUUCGUUGGCUACCCUACGUCGCCAGGACAACCAAACCACACCUUGGAAACAGAGGAAGGUUACUAGGAAGAGGAAACAGGGAGAUAGCAGAUAGAGUGAAUCAGACAAGGAAAGGAAACUUUUGCUUCAGAAUGGGUUAUGAUGUUGAGAGAUUUGUGGGCUAUGUCAAUGAGGGCUUGCUUUGUAGUGUGUGUCGGUGUGUGUGCGAGGAUGCUGUGAUGUCGCCGUGUGAGCAUGUUUUCUGCAGGGCGUGCAUCAGCGCCUGGCUGUCCCAGCACGCCACCUGUCCUGAGGACCGCACUCACCUCACUCACACUCAACUGCGGCCGCUCUACAGGUACAUGCGUAAUGACCUGAUGCGACUCCAGAUUCGCUGUGUGUUCCAUGUGCACGGCUGUGAUGUCAUCAGCUCACUUGAGUCCUUACACACCCAUGAGGCAGAGUGUGACUACUCUCUGCUGACAUGUAGCAACACAGGUUGUGAGGUGCAGGUGUGUCGCCGAGACCUGGAGGCUCACCUCAGCGUGUGUGAAUUUGGCAGCAGAUUGUGCUUAGGCACAGACAAGGACACACACACAUGCGUCACAGAGCUUCGCACUGAACUGCAGCUACUUAGGGCAGAGUGUGUGUGUAAAGUUGAAGAGCUGAGAUGUGAGAUGGAGUCAAGGCUGGAUUCCCAGCGAAGACACAUGGUGCAGAGAGAGAACUUGUUGAAGAAUGAAGUGGAGGAACUUAAGGGCCAGCUUUCCUGCGUGAUGUCUGAUGUGUGUGUGCUGCUAGCCGCGGAGCGCUCCCGUCGGCAGGAGCUGGAGAAAGCCGAGCUGGAGAAGGCAGAGCUUCUGGAGCUUCUGAAGGAGGGACAGAGGCAGCUCACGCCCACUCAUCAAACCACACCCACCCCGGGGGAGGGGCCCCGCAAGACCGGCCCACGCAGCCUCACCCUGGACUGUAUCAAGAGGAAGAGUAAAGAAGUCACAGUCAUCUAGCACAGAGCCAUUAAGAGGAAGAGGAAAGAAGUCACAUUCAUCUAGCACAGAGCCAUUAAGAACUCACACUUGCGCUACAGAACAUUAUGCCUAUCUUCCUGUAAAGACUGAAAUAUGAAUGGAAAACAUCUGGAGAUCAAUGAAAUCUAAGUCACUUGGACUUGGCUGGCUGUGUCGAUGAAACCAACACAACUUGCAGGCUUUGGCAAGUUGUGCAUAAGACUUAAGCAGAGAGCUUCUGAGGUCAAAGGUUCCAUCAAUGGCGUCUCACAGUUCAAACUAUCAACACUGAGCCAUUUUUCUGCACAUAUAGACUUAUAGACAGAAACACAUUUAAAUUAAAUGUAAAAUGGUGGUCCCCCUACGAAUACACACAAAAUGAUGUAAUCUGUAAACCAUUUGUCAGUAUUGUCAUGCUCACUGUGACUUCCUUUUCAUAACUACGCAUUUGACCCAAGCCUGACCAAGGACAGAGAAUAAUUGCCACAAUUACCAACAUCUGAACCUGUGAUGUAUAGUUUGUGUGUGUAAGAAAAAAGUUAUUGGGGCCUGCGUGACUUUUUGCAUUCAAUUGUCAUCAGUUUUUUGAUUGUUUUACAUCAUGAGCAUAACAUUUAGUUGAACACACAGCUGCAUAGAGACACGCGUGUGUAUUUUCUAACUACCAUUGAAAAAAAAAUGGAAUAGAAAUGUAUGUCUGUGCUUUUUUUUAAAUAAAGUUUCACCUGUGUUCCCA